UUUGUUUUAAGAGGUGUGGGUCCGCGCCGAAAAGUCCGUGAUAAACCGAGGUGGUCCAUAAAUAUUUUGUUGAUUUUAAAAUCAUUUAUUAGACUGACAUGGGAUUGUCUAAACUCAUGCUAUAUUUUUAAAUCAAUCUUUUUUUAAUGGCGCUCACAUCAUUUAACUAUUCUUGUGUUUUUAUAUUAUUUCGUUACAAAUUUUUCAAAAUACUAUUUAAGCCAUAUUUUCAGUUGUGAACCUUAUUUUUCAAUAAAAAUGCUCAAACAAAACAUCUAUCAACAUUCCAUUUCGUCUUCUUCCAGUGCUCAGCCCGAACAACAGGAAUCAACGCGAUAUGACGUCUUUGAACUUGCUAGCGAGAACCAGCCUCAGACAAGCCUGCUGUUAAAGUUGACGGACGAAUGUAGUGCUGCCAUAAGGAAUGCUGCCAAUUCAAAGUGUCCUGUCAGGAUGCACAUUAAGGACGGAGUAGCUACUAUUGAAAUAUGUGACAGGGAUGGGGCAUGUGUCAACUUCAAAUGUUCAUUCCAAAAUCAGCCGGCGACAGACACGAUAUGCUAUGAUCCUAAACAGAAUGUCUACAGGAAUGUUGGGACGACUACAACGACUAAAAUACAGGUUCAAGCUACCGACAAGACCUUCGCUGAGAUGAAAGAAAAGACUCAACGGCUGGUCGAGGCAGAACAACAAAGGAAAGCCAAGGAUAUUUCUAAAAUUCAACGGCCUUCAGCAGCUUCCAAAAAGCCAAUACUAAACCAGUCGAGCAACAGCCUUAUCAAGAAAAAUGUGCCAGCGACUUUUGGACAUUCCAACACCAACAAUAUCCUUGCUAAAUUGGGUGCAUUGAAGAGGCAUUCUCCUUCGCCGUUGAAUGUUGCUGCUGCAAAGGUCAAACGUGUUGAAAAGCCAUUAGAAAGGCCGACGCCGUUGCCUUCAAAAGAAGUUAAGAAUAUCAAACAAGAGGAGCCAGCUCCAAAGAGCAUGGAUAUGACAGUGAAAGCUGUUCGUUCUACUGAAGAUAAUGAACGCCAAAACACGUUGACGCAUUAUCCUAAGAAGAUUGAAUUUGCCGCUGCCAAUAAUGCCAAAAACGAUCCCUUCUAUGUCCCAAAAAGGAAGCCACUUCACCGGCCACCUUCAAUUUCGCCAGCGUCUACAACGACUUCAACACCAAAAACUAUUUCCCCGCCGCUUGCCAUGGCUAGACCUGCUUCUGUCGACAGUGCCCAAUUGCAGCAUAGUUCUUCUUGCUCUCCAGAAGAUUUAAUUAAUAAUCAAGAGGAAAAUGGCCGUCAACAAGAUGAAGGAUCGAUGACUUUGCCAACUAAACUUUCUUGUGAUUGGUCUCUUAAAUUUGGAAAGAUUGCUAAUAAAGAAGAAGCUAAAAGAUAUCAUGGGAUCUUUAAGGAGGAUUAUCCAGAAUAUCGCAAAUGCUAUGAUUUGAUGGAAAAAGUCGCUGUUGAAUUCCGUGCUCUUCAAACAAAAUUAACUUCUGCCAAGUCAGAUGUUGAUCGUUUUGAGGUUGAAGAUCAAAUUAGAAGCAAAUUCGCCUCUUAUCAAUGCAAUCAAGACUUUCUUCAACAGCGUGUGAGGCACAGUGAUUUGCGUGCAAAAUUGGAUUUGUUAAAAUGCCGUCUGAAGGAAUGGAGCGAUAAAGAGAAGAGUGGAUAUAAGAUGGAGCUUUGA